AUGCAUCUAAUAUUAGCUAGGAGUUCGGAAAAACCUAUUGUCUAUUUGCGUGAGGAAGAGAUUUGGACUAUUUGCCUUCGUUCCAGGGAAAUAUUCCUCUCACAGCCUAUGCUUUUAGAAUUGGAGCCUCCCUUACAAAUAUGCGGUGAGUGUCAACCAAUAAAUGGUGAUAUCCACGGGCAAUACAAAGAUCUUUUGCGUCUAUUCGAUUUGGGUGGCUUUCCGCCAACCUCCAAUUAUUUAUUUUUGGGCGAUUACGUGGAUCGAGGUAAACAGAGCUUGGAAACCAUUUGUUUGUUGCUGGCUUACAAGAUUCGUUACCCGGAAAACUUCUUUCUCCUACGCGGAAACCACGAAUGUGCCGCGGUCAAUCGGAUCUACGGAUUUUACGAUGAAUGUUUGUCUCCUGAUUUACAAAGCAUGAAUCAAAUUCGAAGAAUUGCUCGACCGACUGAUGUACCCGACUCGGGUCUUCUUUGCGAUUUGUUAUGGUCCGAUCCGAAUCCGAACAUAAACGGGUGGAUUGAGAGCAAUCGGAAUGUGAGUUUUCAUUUCGGAGUUGAUGUGGUCAGUCGGUUUCUCGAGCGGCACAACUUCGACUUGAUUUGUCGUGCACACGAAGUGGUCGAAGAUGGCUACGAAUUUUUCGGUCGGCGUCAAUUGGUCACCAUCUUCUCCGCACCGAAUUAUUGCAACGAGAUGAACAAUGCUGGUGGCAUGAUGAAAGUGGAUGAAAAUCUGACUUGUUCCUUUCAGGUAAAAAUGAAAAUUAAACGAAAACUUCCAUUUUCCCUUCGCUACAACCCUCUUAUCGCAGUAACAUCUUAUCUCAUAUAG